GCAAACGCUAAAAGGGGAAGGCGAAAGGAAAUUAAGGUUUGGGCUGUCAUCUGAUUCAGCGCUGACGAAGCUCUGGAAUCGGCUGCAUCGUACCUGCUCGGAGGAAUGACGAAGCACGAGUUUUUCGUUGACAUGACCUGCGAGGGUUGUUCCGGUGCGGUCACGAGGGUCCUGAACAAAUUAGGAGGUGUGCAGUUUGACAUUGAUCUUCCAAAUAAGAAGGUUUUUAUUGAGUCUGACCACAGUGUGGAUCUUCUCCUUGAAACCCUGAAAAAAACUGGAAAAAAUGCAAGCUAUAUCGGGACAAAAUAGAAAGAGUGCAAUGUAAAGAAUGAGAUGCUGUAAUCCAUAGAAUUUGGAAGGACAAUCUUGCUCAUAAUUUUUUAAAUUGAAGGCUUCUUUAAUAAUCAGAAGUGCACACACCUACACUAAUUGUAUCCACAGUUGUGAGUUUUGCUUUCAUAUUUCUGUUUUGUUAAAUUAAAAAAAAAAAAAAGUAUUUAAUCCUCUGUAUCAGAUGUUAUCACAGGGACAUAUACUACAUUGUCUUUUUUCUGGCAGAAUAAAGUUCUCUGCAAUUUCAUUAUGAAAGGACUCAUUUGCAAUGAUUCAAACAUUUGUGGAUACUUAAGAUAUUAUGACAUUGCACAUUUUUCUAGGCGAAUGUGUUUAAUUCCAUCAGUUUGUGCACUUUCCUGUUUCUCUUUUUACAUUUUCUUUUCUUGAUCUCUUUAUGGAAAACUGAUAUAACUCUUAACUUUCUUAGCCAUUUAUUUGUUCACUACUAAAAUAUUAUUUGCUAAAUAAAUUUUUUAAUCUCUGCA